AUGGCCAAGUCCAAGAACCACACCAGGCACAACCAGUCCCCCAAAUGGCACAGAAAUGGCAUCAAAACUCUAUCACAAAGAAACGAAUUUCUUAAGGGGGUAGACCCCAAGUUCCUAGGGAACCUGUGCUUUGCCAAGAAGCACAACAAGAAGGGCCUGAAGAAAAUGCAGGCCAACAACACCAAGACCAUGAUCGCAUGUGCUGAGGCUAUCAAGGCCCUUGUCAAGCCCAAGGAGGUCAAGCCCAUCCUCCUAAAGGGCAGCAAGUGCAAGCUCGGUGGCCUUGUCUACAUCACUCACACCAAGUUUGGGAAGUGUGCUCCUGCCCGCAUCGCCAAGGGUCUCAGGCUCUGCCGGCCAAAGGCCAAGGCCAAUGUCGAAACCAAGCCCCAGGCUGUGGGUGCGGUUUCUCCUCAGGCUCCUGCUCCCAAAGGUGCCCAGGCCCCCAAUGAAGGCUCCAUAGUAGAAGCCUCUGUCUGCCAAUGUGAGGAUGGAAGGACUGAUAUGACCCCUGGGCUGCUGUCUGCAUGGAGCUGGGGUGUGUUUAUAUUUGAUGAAGAGUGGAUGCUUUGCCUGCAGAACAUCCCCAUCAUCAAAGUCUUCGAAGCUGGAGACUUAGGAGUGAUCAGUGAGGUUUUCUGUAUGCCCUUGUGCAUUGCAGUUCAGUCUCACCAGUUCCUGCAUGCCCAUAAUCUCCCCACUUUGUUUCCAUUUUAUUUUCCUAACUGCACACCUUGCAGACUUCAGGCUUUGACACCAGGCACUGAAAUAACAGUCAUCUAUUAUUUCCUAGUGUUUCUGCUUCUCCGAUUGAAUCCUGACUGA